UCGUACCGGAAGCUAAUUCGUGACUUCGCUUCGCUUGACGCAGACGUCAGUUAGUCUCACGCUUCCAAGUGAAACUUGCUGAUCUCAUUUCACGCUAUAAAAACGCUUCAGCGUGAACGCUGCGAUUUAUUUCUCCCGGUGGUCAGAACCGGAAAGCAGCCACGAUGUCUGGGCACGGGCACGGUCAUGGUCACGGGCACGGCUGCGGGUGCGCGGGUGAGCAUGAGCCCGCAGAGAGGGGCCUGGAGUACGGACUGUUUCAGCGGAUCGACCUGGAGAAGCUGCAGUGUCUCAACGAGAGCCGGGACGGAGAUGGCAAGCUGGUGUUCAAACCAUGGGACAAGCGGAAAGAGCGGGACAAGUUCGUGGAGAGCGACGCAGAUGAAGAGCUGCUGUUCAACAUCCCUUUUACGGGCAGCGUGAAGCUUAAAGGCAUCAUCAUCUCCGGUGAAGACGAUAGCUCUCAUCCAGCUGAGAUACGACUCUACAAGAACAUCCCUCAGAUGUCCUUUGAUGACACCGGCAGAGAGCCUGAACAGGCUUUCAGACUCAACAGAGAUCCUGGCGCUGAGCUGGAGUACCCAACAAAGAUUGCUCGUUUUUCCAGCGUUCAGCACCUCUCCAUCCACAUCUCGAGGAACUUCGGAGCAGAGAGCACCCGGGUGUACUACAUCGGCCUCAGAGGAGAGUAUUCAGAGGCUCACAGACACGAAGUGACCAUCUGUAACUACGAGGCCACAGCAAAUCCUGCAGAUCACAAAGUGGAGAGCAUCAUCCCGCAAACCAACUUCAUUUCCUGAGAGCUCGGAGAGGUGGGAAGAGGAAGAGGAGGCAGUUAAAGGUUGUAGUGGCGUCAUUCCGAUUGUCACGAAGUCAAAGAUGAGUUCAGCGCUGCGUACCGGCAGGUUGGUCGAGAUCGACCGGGACUGAGCACUGACGUCUGAAGACCAGCGGAGCUUAUAUGCUACUUGAAGCGCUAAGAUGUGUCUGAUUUCUAUGGCAAUAAAGUGUGAAAGUUUAAUGUGGGCAAGCACCUGAAUAAUAAAUGCAUGAAACAUUUCAAGCUCAGAUAAAGUCUGCUCUUCUCAGCUUAAUCCAAAGAUGAUCACCUCUUUAAUAAAAUGACAGAAACUU